UGCAGCUUACAAGAGUUGGGUAGCCUGGAGUCAGAUCGGUCCCAGCGCUGCCCCUUCCUAGCUGUGUGCUCGGGGCAGGUUGCAUCUCACUGCGAUUCAGUUUAGUCAUCAAAUGGGGAUGGUAAUACUUUACACCUGUGGCUUGGUGGGAGGAUUGCGUGUGAACUGCUGACUAGGUGCCUGGCUAGAUUUCAAUAAAGCCUGGCCUCUGCCCUCCUUACCCACAUACUCUACUUUCAUUUCUCUUCCCUGCGCUUUGUUCUUCCUCACUUUCUGGCUGAGAUUCAGGAAUUGUGUUCGGUUCUAUUGCUUUAUUGUUAAAUUUGUUGGCAGAGUGCGGUGUUCAGACCUGGGAGCACCCUUGCUUUAUCUGCUAGAGUGAUCAGUUGCCCUGGAGUGGACUUCCUCCUUAUAGCCAAGGUCUUGAAAACUUUAAGGAGAGGAGUUCUGAAAAUCCCCAAACCCAGAUCCCAGCAUGGACAGAAUCUGGGAAAAAAAGCCGCUGCAGCCUUUAUAAUCACCAGAGACUCCCGGUCUUCUAAGCUGCAAGGUUUUUUUGUACUUUCUCUCAUCCAGCUCCAGUACACCCUGAUAAAUCUCUGGACUUGUUUUUGUUUUUGUUUUGUUUUGUUUGUUUUGUUUGUUUGUUUGUUUGUUUUUUGAGUAACCUGACUCUUACAUUCCUUGUUUGUUCAUUCAGCAGGUAGUUAUUUGGGGUCGCUUAUCUGCCACCCAUAGUACCAGCCUCUAGGGAUGCUGUGGUGGACCAGACAGACCCAGUCCCUGCCCUCAGGGGACUUUCAGACUUGAGAACCAGCAGCAUGGUACAGGGGAUGCUCUACUUGGAUUUUGGGGAUGGGCUUGGAGACUGGUGGUGGGAUAAGGAUAGUCCUCUUCUGAAGGAGUGACAGUAAGUAGCUUUUGUUAGGUUUGAGUUACUUUGUAGCCAGAUUGUCUAUUUCCACAGAAGAUUGGCUCCUACUGGAUUUGUUUUCAGUUUUCUCUUAGAGAAAUUGCACUUCAAGUCCCAAGAAGAUCUCAUUUCAUACUCACUUCUGUGUAGUUUGGACAAAAUGGCUUCUGGAACUUAGUGGGGGAAAAGGGAAGGAAACAGGCAUCAGGCAGAGCAGUUGAUUGGGCUUAGAAAAGUGAAGAACAGACCAGGAAAGAGUUAUACACAUAAUGAAAACAGGCUUUGGAGUCAAGUGUGGAGAGAUUUCUAGACAAGGAGUUUGGUAGAAUCAGGAGUGAGUAGUUGAUAGCUCUGUGAACUGCUGAGGUAGACAUGAGUGUGAUUCAGUGUGUGUUCAAUUUUUUUUUAGGUUGUUUUAUUCUUUUUAAAUAAUUUUUUUGUUUUUUUUCCUGGGGGGAGUAAUUAAUUAAUUAAUUAAUUAAUUAUAUUUUCUAAUGGAGGUACUGGGGAUUGAAACCCAGGACUUUGUGCAUGCUGAGCACGCCCUCUACCCGUGAGCUAUACCCUCCCCACCAGUUUUAAGUGAGUUUAUUCUUCGGACGUGGAUGUGUGAGACCAGUGAAUUUUUGCAUAAUGAUGGAUGUAACUGAGGUAGAGAGGUUUCACAUUUUGUUCUAUCAUAUUUGGGGAAUCUGGCGCAGUGUUUUGAGAGAAAUUAAUUCAAUAAACAUUUGUUGGGCAUUGAUUAUACCACUCUCUCCCUUGGUCUUUUGAAGCAAGACCAACUGAGUGCCAGAGGGGGUCUAUGAAGGCUUCCUGGCAGAGAACUAGUUCUUAGGAGAUGGGGAUGGGAAAAAAAAAAAGAAAAAAAAUAGACCAGGAGAGUUCUACACAUCAUCAAUAAACAUUUAGAAAAUAGAAUAUUUUUAAAAAUCCAAUUCAGAAGGGCAACAAAAUCUACAAGGUGCUACUAAAAUGUAAUGUGUAUUGGACACAUGUGCAUAACAAUACCAUAGGUGAAAAGUAAGGUUGAUUGGGGAAAAAUUUACAGGCAAGAGGGUCGACAGUGUAGAGGAGUUUCCCUGACCUCCUAUAAAAAGAAUUUUUUUAGGUCCAUGAGCAGCUGGAUGUACCGUGGACAGUGCUUCAAAACCACACUGCCCCUGCAAUGUUGUAUGUGUUCAUACAAAUGCUAGGAGGGGCCAGUGAAUAACUGGUCAACUAAUUAACAAUAAUUGCUUCUUAGCUGCGUAAAUGGCCUUACUGGACCAGAGCUUGUCCAGAGGAGUUCACAUGCUGACGCUGCUGGUAACAGCAGCUUGCUAACUCAGCAACUGGCCAAACUACCAAAAGGAGGAGGGCAUGAACUUUCUGGGACACCUGGGUUUUCCUUUCCUUAAAACCUAGACUUUACGGCUGCCUAACACAGUGGUUACAAGUGCAGAUUCUGUCACCACACUGUCUGGUUAAUCUGAACCCCUAUGUGCCUGAGUUUCCUCAACUGUAAAGUGGAGAUAAUACCUACUUCGUUGGGACUGUUAAAGGGACUAAAUGGAAAGGUCUCAAGUGCUUAGAACUGUGCCUGGCAAGUAGUAGGCUCUGAACAAAUGUUAGUUCUUAUUAUUGGUAAUCAUUACAUAUGGUUAUUGAAGUGAUUUUUAAACUAGAAAUAUUAAGAAAGCACGAGGGGACCAUGAGCAUACAGAAUAUUUUAACAAAUUUUUGGAAGGUGGAAACUCAAAUGGAAUAGCAGGAACCAAUGAAGCAGGCCAGAGGACCCACAACCUGAAUACACAUCUAAUCCCUGGGGGACCAUGUACCUGAUAACAGAAGCUGGAGCAGCCAGGGACUCAAGGCCAGUAUCCUCGGAGAGAUUCAAGAAGAUUGCAUUGGUUAAAAAAAAAAUAGAUCCCAUGAAAACAAGAAACAGAGAACAAGAAAGAGCUGUGGGAAACUGCAGGUAUAACUGCUAAAAUUGAGAAUGACAGUCGGAAAGUUGGAAGGUAAAGAGGAAGUCUCCCAGGAAGUAGAGCAAAGGCCCUGACAGAAUAUGUGAGGAAAAAGAAGGUAAGGACUUCGGUGGUCAGUUCCCAUCUGAAUAAUGGGAAUGUCAGGAAGAGUGACAAUACCCGGCGGUAGGAAAUCACCAGAGAAAUCGUAGGUGGUCAUCUCCCAGGGCUGAUGGGAGGGUCACGUGUUCAGCUUGAAAAAGUCCUCUGAAUCCAAUGACAGCAGAAAGACCCACACCAAGAUGCAGUAACUUCGAAAUUUUAUAAGCCAAGGAUAAAAGACAAAAUCCUAAAAGAAACCAGAAGGAUAGUAACUGCCACCAAAGAAAUCAGACUUAGCACCCUGAACAUUCACCCAGCUUAAACUGUUUAGAAUAAAAUACUUGUUGUGGGACUUGGUCCAUCUUGUUAGUCCUUUCGGUUCCUGAUUAGGCCCUACUGACUCAGCACCCGAGAGCCUUUACUGGUGAUUUCUCAAUAGACUGCAACUUGUUUUGAGUAUUAGUUCCUUAGGUAUGUUCUCACUGCUUCCUGUUCAAGGACAGAGCAUUUGUACUUAACGCUACAUCUUCUCCUUCCAUUUGACUGGAACUCAGGAUAAACCUCUAGAAAAUGGCAGCCCAGGAGAAAGCGUCCGAUGAGAGGAUUUCCCAGUUUGAUUAUGCUUUGCUGCAGGAGCUCUCUGCUCUUCUAGGCAUAGAUGCGUUUCAGCUUGCCAAGGAAAUAGAAAAAGGGGAGCAGAAAGACCGAGAAAAAAUGCAGAAAGGCUUUAAUUCACAAAUGCGCAGUGAAGCAAAAAGGUUAAAGACUUUUGUGACCUAUGAGUCCUACAGCUCGUGGACACCCCAGGAGAUGGCAGCGGCUGGGUUUUAUUUCACUGGUGUAAAAUCUGGGGUUCAGUGCUUCUGCUGCAGCUUAAUCCUCUUUGGUACUAGCCUCCGGAGACUCCCCAUGGAAGACCACAAGAAAUUACGUCCAGAUUGUGAAUUUCUUUUGGGCAAAGAUGUUGGUAACAUUGCCAAGUAUGAUAUAAGAGUAAAGAAUCCAGAGAACAAGCUGAGGGGGGACGACAAAGCAAGGUACCAAGAAGAGAAGACCAGACUGGAAUCCUUCAAGAACUGGCCAUUUUAUGCCCAAGGGACAUCCCCAAGGGAGCUCUCAGCUGCUGGCUUUGUCUUUACAGGUAAGCGUGACACUGUACGGUGCUUUUCCUGUGGUGGAUGUUUGGGAAACUGGGAAGAAGAUGAUGAUCCCUGGAAGGAACAUGCCAAGUGGUUCCCCAAAUGUGAAUUUCUUCAAUGUAAGAAAACCUCAGAGGAAAUCAUCCAGUAUAUUCAAAGCUACAAGGGAUUUGUUGGCGUCACGGGAGAACAUUUUGUGAAUUCCUGGAUCAAGAGAGCUUUACCAAUGGCAUCAGCUUAUUGCAAUGGCAGCAUCUUUGCUAAUGAAGAACUCCGACUGGACUCUUUUAAGAACUGGCCCCAGGCAUCCCCUGUGGGAGCUGCAGCUCUGACCAAAGCAGGUUUUUUCUACACAGGUAUAAAGGACACUGUCCAGUGUUUUUCCUGUGGAGGAUGUUUGAAGAAGUGGGAGGAAGGUGAUGACCUAUUAGAACAACACACCAGAUGUUUUCCCAAUUGUCAGUUUCUCCAAAAUAUGAAGUCCUCUGCAGAAGUGAUUCCAGACCUUCAGAGCCAUGGUGAACUUUCUGAAUUAAUGGAAACCACAAGUGAAAGUAAUCUUGAAGAUUCAGCAGCAGUUAGCUCCGUAGUGCCAGAGAUGGCUCAGGGUGAAGCCCAGUGGUUUCGGGAAGCAAAGAGUCUGAGUGAGCGACUGAGAAAAGCCUACACCAAUGCUCGUUUCUGCCACAUGGCUUUGCUGGAGGUCUCUUCCUGUCCAGCCACUGACCAGUUGCUGGGUUGUGAUCUGUCUCUGGCUUCAAAACAUAUCAGCAGUCCUAUGCAAGAGCCUGUGGUGUUGCCUGAAGUCUUCGCUACCUUGAACUCUGUCAUGUGUGUGGAGGGUGAAGUUGGUAGUGGAAAGACAGUCCUCCUGAAGGAAAUAGCUCUCCUCUGGGCAUCAGGAUGCUGUCCCUUGUUAAACAGGUUCCAGCUGGUCUUCUAUCUCUCCCUUAGCUCUACCAGACUGGACCAGGGCCUGGCUGACAUCAUUAGUGACCAACUCCCAGAGACAGAAGGCUCUGUUACUGAAAUGGGCCUGAGGAAUACUAUCCAGCAGCUGAAGAAUCAGGUGUUACUCCUUUUGGAUGACUACAAAGAAAUGUGCUCAGUCCCCCAAGUCAUAGAGAGACUGAUUCAAAAAAACCACUUGUCAAGAACCUGUUUAUUGAUUGCUGUCCAUACAAACAGGGCCAAGAACAUUCGCCGCUACCUAGACACAGUUCUAGAGAUCAAAGUGUUCCCCUUCUAUAAUACUAUCUAUGUAUUACGGAAACUCUUUUCACACAACAUGACCCGCCUGCAAAAUUUUAUGAUUCACUUUAGAAAGAAUGAAAAUUUGCAGGGAAUUCAGAAAACUCCCCUCUUUGUGGCAGCAGUCUGUGCUAACUGGCUUCAGUAUCCUUUUGAUGAGUCCUUUGAUGAUGUGACUGUUUUCAAGUCCUAUAUGAAAUGCCUUUUCUUAAAGAACAAAACUGAAGCUGAACUUCUGAGAGCAACUGUGUCCUCCUGUGGUGAGCUUGCCUUGAGAGGGUUUUUUUCAUCUUGCUCUGAGUUCAGUGAUGAUGAUCUCAUAGAUGCAGGGAUUGAUGAAGAUCUAGCCAUGUUCCUGAUGAGCAAAUUCACAGCCCAGAGACUAAGGCCAAUCUAUCAGUUUUUAAAUCCUGCAUUUCAAGAAUUUCUUGCUGGGAUGAGGCUGACUGAACUCCUGGAUUCAGAUAAGCAAGAAGAUCAGGAUUUGGGACUUUAUUAUUUGAAACAAAUUAACUCAUCCUUGAUGGCUCUAUGUCCCUAUGAAAACUUUUUGAACUACAUCUCCUGCCACACUUCAACAAAGGCAGGGCCAAAAAUUGUAUCUCAUUUGCUUCUUUUGGUGGAUAAUAAAGAGUCAUUGGAGAAUAUAUCUGAAAAUGAUGACUACCUGAAGCACCGUCCAGAAAUUUCCGAGAAGAUGCAAAUUAUUAGGCAGCUGUGGCAGUUACGUCCACAAGAUUACUUUUCAUUGGUUUCAAAACAUUUAUUCAUUCUGGCUGUAAAAAUUGCUUAUCAAAGCAACACUGUUGCUACAUGCUCCCCAUUUAUUUUGCAAUUCCUUCAGGGGAGAACCCUCACUUUGGAUGUACUUCAGUUACCAUAUUUUUUUGACCACCCCGAAAGCCUGUUACUGUUGAAGAGCAUCCAGUUCUCCAUAAGAGGAAAUGACAGGUUACUCAGACCAGAUUUCUCAGUCCUGGCAACAAUUCUGGACAAAUCUCAGGUACCAACUGUAGAUCAAGACUGUGCUUCUGCCUUUGAACCAAUGAAUGAAUGGGAGCAGAAUUUAGCUGAAAAAGAGGAAAACAUUGAGAGUUUUCUGAACAUGCGACUCAGUACACCACCAGACAUCAGCACUGGCUAUUGGCAACUUUCUCCAAAGCAGUACAAGAUUCCUCUUCUGGAAGUUCAUGUGACUGGUACAGAUGCUGUGGACCAGGAGAUGCUCAGGAUUCUAAUGGAAGUUUUUUCAGCUUCAGAGCACAUCGAACUCCACUUAAUGGGCAGCAGAGGCUUUAUUGAACGCAUCCGCCCGGCUCUUGAGCAGUUUAAGGCCUCUUUCACCAAGUGCUCCAUAAGCAAAUUUGAGCUGAGUGCAGCGGAACAGGAAUUACUUCUCACUCUGCCUUCCCUGGAGUCUCUUGAAGUCUCAGAGGUAACCCAGCUACAAGAUCAACUCUUUCCUAAUUUGGACAAGUUCUUGUGCCUGAAAGAACUGUCUGUGAAUCUGGAUGAUCAACAAAAUGUUUUUUCAGUCAUUCCUGAAGAAUUCCUAAAUCUUCACCAUAUGGAGAAAUUAUUUAUCCGAAUUUUAGCUGAGAAUGGUCCUUCCAAACUAGUCACUGUACUGCCAAAUUUUAUUUCUCUGAAGAUAUUAAAUCUUCAGCACCAAGAAUUUUCUGAUAAGGAAACGGCUGAAAUUUUUGCCUAUACUUUAGGUUCUUUUAAUAACCUGGAAGAAUUGCUGCUUCCUUCUGGGGAUGGUAUUCAUCAAGUGGCCAUACUAAUCAUCCAGCAGUGUCAGCAUCUUCAACAUCUCCGAGUUUUCUCAUUUUUCAACACUUUGGAUGACGACAGCGUGAUAGAAAUUGCCAAGGGAGCAGUCGAUGGAGGUUUCCAGAAACUUGAGAAGCUAGAUCUUUCAAUUAAUCACAAGAUUACAGAAGAAGGAUAUAGAAACUUCUUUCGAGCACUGGACAACCUGCCAAACUUGCGAGAGCUAACUAUUAACAGGCAUUUCACAGAAUGUAUAAGAGCUCAGGCCAGAACAGUCAAGUCUUUGAGUCAGUGUGUGCUACGACUGCCAAGCCUCACCAGACUUAACAUGUUAAGUUGGCUCCUGGAUGCAGAAGACAUCACACUGCUUACUGCCAUGAAAGAAAGGCAUCCUCAAUCUAAACACUUAACCUUUUUCUGGAAAUGGGUACUGCCAUUCUUGCCAGUCAUUCAGAAACAGAAUUAGCUAAAAAAUGAUAUAUCGGGAAUUUUCAUCAAUAAUUCUAAAAGCCUAAUUAUCCAAAAACUAUUAAAUAUUACACACAAAAGAAUAUAAUGUUAAGGCAUGUAAUAAAAAAAAAAACAAACAUCCUGCUUACCCAUUACUGAGUUUAGAAAUAGAUAUUGCCAGUAACUCUGAAGUUCCUAAGUGAUCCUCCCCAAUUAAAGAUGAGUCCUUCAAU